GUGGUGCGUUGGGUUAAGCUAAGCUAGACGGGCUUAUCUCAUGUUUGCUUCACGUAAGCAGCUACAUAUAUUGUGUCUUUGCUUUUUCGCGUGGCUUUAAAGAUUUGUCCUCCUACUUUCUUCUUCUUCUUCGUCUCCUCCUCUUUCUCUCUCCUCUUCUUCUCCUUCAUCAUCUUCUCCAUUUCUCACAACCCCCCAAUAAAAAUAAAAAUAAAAAUAAAAUCAUCCCUAGAAAAACAAACCAACCCAAUGAAACACUCACCUACUUUUACACCCGCCUCCUCACUUAUAUCACCCCUCAAAAAAAUCAUAUAAGAACAACCCUAACAAAUUCCUUUAAAAAAAAUAAAAAAUAAAAAGUUUGGUGUGAUCAUAUUUCAUAUAUCAUAAUGAGUUGUGCAAACCCUGGUGGUGGUAGUAGUAGUAGUAGUGGAGGAGGAGGGAGUGGUGUUGGUAGCGGUGGCGGUGGCGGGGGACCGUGUGGUGCUUGUAAGUUUUUGCGUAGGAAGUGUGUGGUUGGGUGUAUAUUUGCCCCGUAUUUCGAUUCGGAGCAAGGUGCGGCCCAUUUUGCAGCGGUGCAUAAGGUGUUUGGAGCAAGUAAUGUGUCAAAGUUGUUGUUACACAUUCCUGCUCAUAAGAGGCUUGAUGCUGUUGUUACAAUUUGUUAUGAGGCUCAAGCUAGGCUUCGUGACCCCGUUUAUGGUUGUGUUGCUCAUAUCUUUGCUCUUCAACAACAGGUUGUAAAUUUACAAGCGGAGCUCUCAUACUUACAAGCACAUCUCGUAAGCCUAGAAGUCCCAACACCACCGCCGCCACCACCCCAACCACUAAUGCCGCCACCGCAACUAUCAAUCUCCGACCUUCCGUCAGCAUCAACCGUGCCCGCCACCUAUGACUUAUCCUCACUAUUUGACCCAAUGGUUCAACCACUAUGGGCAAUGCAGCAGCAACAACAACAGCAACGAGGCCCAAUGGACCAACGCCCAUAUGGAUCGGGUGAUAGAGGCCCAAACAUUGGUCCUACCUCUAACAUUGGAGGGGUUGAUCUUCAAGCAGUGGCACGUGAGCUGCUUCAUAGACAUGGAUCUCCAACUUAUGGGCACAUGCAUGAUCCAUCACCUUCAUCAUCCAUGUCUAAAUGAGAUAAAUUGACUCCCAUAAUUAACAACAAGUACUUGACCCGAAACCGUUUUGAGAUGGUUCAGAUUAGAGAAUUUGGGUUUACAUCAGUACAAUUUGGAUAACUGAUCUGCCCUUUGUCGUAAUUAUUAUUGUUACUAUUAAUUUCUUUUCUUUAUUUAUCUUUUCUCUUGCCUUACUGAAUAUUUUGUUAUAUAAACGCUAGAAAAAUCAAUUUUUCGUUAAUUGUAUCAUUUAUAUGUAGGUUUAAUAGCAAACUUUAGUGCGGAGUAUAUUUUAUGUUGUCUAUCUUCUUUGAACAA